UCAACAUCGAUGAUGCUGAGCACGAACGAGCGCGACUUCUUGCUGGGGUCCCUCAAGGUCAACCGUAAGGCGGAUGUGAACACGGUACAGCGAGCCGAUGGUCGCGGCUUGCUCGAAUUCCGACGCAUGCAGAUGUCCCUGCGUCGGUGUCUGCAGGAACAUCAAAGCGAAUGUGAGUUGCAGCUCGGUCGAACGCGGGUAUUGGCCGUCGUGUCCGGCGAAGUCGUCGCUCCAUUUCCCGAUCGACCGACUGAAGGAUUUCUCCAGUUUCAAGUCGAACUCUCGCCCAUGGGCGCUUCGAUCUUUGAGCACAAGCAAGCACACAAGGCAUGGGCCGCGGAGCUGUCCCGCAUCGUCGAGCGCUCAAUCCGCGAUUGCAAGGCUCUGGAUACCGAAGCAUUGGCGAUCGUCGCAGGGGAAAGCGUGUGGGCCAUCAAGUGCACCGUGCACGUAUUGGACCACGGCGGCAACUUGGUCGACGCCGUCUCGAUCGCGUCAAUUGCCGCCCUCAUGCAUUUCCGCCGACCAGAAAGCUUGGGCAACGACAGCACGUUGAUUCCGUUGAGUUUGCACCACAUCCCCGUGUCCAUUUCGUUCAGCUUUAUCCAGUUGGACCCGAACGACCAAGACGACCCCGUGACAUUGUUGGAUCCCACAGACCGCGAAGAAAAGAUCGUCGACGGAUCCAUUACGUACACGUUCAACUCGUUCCGGGAGCUGUGUGCCGUGCACAAAAUCGGCGGGGUCUCCGUCGACACGAACGUCGUCCUCCGCUGCGCCAACAUUGCCGCUGCCAAGGCGGAAGAGUUGACGGAUAUGCUCAAAGAAGAAACAGACAAGGCCGACCGCGUGGCCAUCGAGCAGCGCCGCGCGUACCUCCGCGGCAAGGAGUUCCUCGACGCGUCCGUCGACGCCCUGUCUGUGCAUAAACCGGCGCCACUGGAUGUGUCUGGACUGGACAAGGCCAUGGAGGACAUUGUCGACUUCAAAACACUCCAUGCGCCGAUUCCACUGCGGGCUGACCACGCCACGCAGGCGGCGGACGUCCAUGAGCUCAUGCAGUCCCUGGAACAAGCCAGCGAAGGACUGGCCAUCACCGAGGCGGCGCGAGAACACUUUCACCAACUCACGCAAACGGUGCAUGUGACCACGAAACCAGUUGGGACCGCCGCCGCCGCGGUGGACGACAACAGCGAUGACGAUGACGAAGAGGCGACGGUCAUGCACGUUCAAAGCGAGUUCCACGCGGCCAAGGCGCCAAAGGAGGAACCCAUCGAAGACGUGGACAUGGGGAGUAGCAGCUCGGACGAGGACGACCUGUUGGCGGCGAUCAAGAAGAAGUAGAUACAGACAAUAUAGAGACGACGAGUGUGUGAACCAUCGACGUGUACGGGUUGUUUAUUAGGGGGAGAGAAGUCGUCGUCCACGGUAGACAGACACACAACCAACAGCAAUGAAUACUUCUUAGUUGCGGCUUUGGAGGAUCAACUCGAUCUUUUCAAUCUUGGUUGCGAGGGACAAGUCGAUGAACAGGUCGGCGAUUUGCACCUUGAGGCCGCCGAGGAUGGUGGGGUCCACCACUGUUUCGAGCAACAACGUUUCGCCCUUUUGCACGCGCGCCUUCAACGCGGUUUGGACAAGGGCCAAUUGGUCCUUGGUCAACGGGUCCGCGCUGGUGAUCUUGGCCUGCACUUCGCCGCGGUGGGCGCGCAUCAAGCGGUUGUACGUUUGGAUGAUGUUCUUGGCAUCGCCCAAACGGCCGUUUUCGGCGAGCACCGUGAACAAACCAGACACGGGCUUGGAGAACUUGGCGGCGUCCAUGACCUUGGAGAUGUCGUGUUUCUUUUCGGUACGGGAGAUCGUCGGGUCCUUCAAGAAUUCCGCAAACGUUUGGUUGGCGACAAUCUCGUCGUGGAUCGACUUGAGUUCCUUUUCCACCGCGUCCAACGAGUUCUCCUUGGACGCGACCGAGUACAACGCGUUCGCGUACUUGGCAUGCAGACCAAACAGCUGCAGCUUGGGCGCGUGCAUCGACGCGAAGCCAUCGAUGGUGGCUUCCGUGGCGGUCGAGAACGAGCGUUGGAGGGUCUUGCGCAACAUUUCGGCGGUCUUCAACUCCAAAGGGGAAAAUAGCAG